CUUUUGCAUGUGCCUCAACCACUCCUGGAGCAAAGAAACGCGGCUUUGGACCCCUUCCCAUUCCUAUAAAUAACCACCUUCACUUGCAUACUGAAAACAAGUUUCCUGUGAAUUUAAAUACGUCCUAAUAUGGUUACCUACAAAGUUCUUUGUUCAGUUUUCUUUGCUUUGUUAGGUUUGGGUAUAUGUACUGCUACUAGAGCCCUUCUUAAUCUUGAAGAAAUACCUGGUCACAUUCCAGUUGUUGGCUAUGGAACCGGCCAUGGAGCUGCUGCUGGUGGUGGUGGGGGUGUUGAGGGUUAUGGUGGUGGGGGUGGGGGGGGUUCAGGUGGUGGAGGAGGAGGUGGCUAUGGAGCUGUAGGUGAGCAUGGUGCAGGCUAUGGAGGUGGAGGUGGAGAAGGUGGUGGAGCUGGCUAUGGUGGUGCUGGUGGGCAUGGUGGUGGUGGUGGUGCUGGUGGUGGUGGUGGAGCUGGUUAUGGUGUUGGAGGUGACCACGGUGCAGGGUAUGGAAGUGGUGGUGGAAGUGGAGAAGGUGGUGGAGCUGGCUAUGGUGGUGCUGGUGGGCAUGGUGGAGGUGGUGGAAGUGGUGGUGGUGGAGGAGCUGGUUAUGGUGCUGGUGGUGAGCAUGGUGUAGGGUAUGGAAGUGGUGGUGGAAGUGGAGAAGGUGGUGGAGCUGGAUAUGGUGCUGCUGCUGGACAUGGUGGAGGUGGUGGAAGUGGUGGUGGAGGAGGAGCUGGUUAUGGUGUUGGAGGUGACCACGGUGCAGGAUAUGGAAGUGGUAGUGGAAGUGGAGAAGGUGGUGGAGCUGGAUAUGGUGCUGGUAGUGGACAAGGUGGAGGUGGUGGAAGUGGUGGUGGUGGAGGAGCUGGUUAUGGUUCUGGUGGUGAGCAUGGUGCAGGGUAUGGAAGUGGUGGUGGAAGUGGAGAAGGUGGUGGAGCAGGCUAUGGUGCUGCUGCUGGACAUGGUGGAGGUGGUGGAAGUGGUGGUGGUGGAGGAGCUGGUUAUGGUGGUGAGCAUGGUGCAGGGUAUGGAAGUGGUGGUGGAAGUGGAGAAGGUGGUGGAGCUGGAUAUGGUGCUGGUGGUGGAGGAGGAGGGGGUAGCGGUGGGGGGUAUGGUGUUGGAGGUGAUAAUGGUGCUGGGUAUGGAGGUGGAAAAGGUGGUGGUGCUGGGGGUGGAUAUGGUGCUGGUGGAGAGCAUGGUGGAGGCUAUGGAGGUGGGGGUGGAAGCGGUGGAGGUGGUGGAGGCGGCUAUGCUUCUGGAGGGGCACACGGAGGCGGAUAUGGUGGAGGAGAAGGUGGUGGUCAUGGUGGUGGUGCAGAGGGUGGCCAUGCUGGUGGUGGUGGCGGCGGCUUUGGAGGUGGUGGCGGUGGUGGUUAUGGUGCUGGUAGUGAGCAUGGAGUUGGGUACGGAGGCGGUGGAGGCCACGGUACUGGUGGCUAUGCUCCUUGAGAAUGCAACUCGUUAUUACACCAACCUUAAGAAAAAUUUACCCAUCCGUUGUGGUGCGAGAAAUAAGAGUAAUCUGGUUAAGAAUAUGUUAAUAAUAUCUACUAUUAUAUAAUUAAUAUGAAGAUUGUUACUCAUGCACUUCGUAUUUUGUAUCAGAUUUUGAAGUAAUAUAAAUUCUUCUUUAUCGAUCGGUUUUA